AGGCAGUUGGAUCAACCGAUAGUUGUUGAUUCUCCAUUGCUGGGCCUCCAUCUCUUACACAAAAGGUCGACCUUGGUUCCGUUUCAACACGAACUGCUACAGUGCUAUUCAAUCUUCAUCACGGAGUCGGAAACAGUGCAAACAGUGCAUCUUCAUCUUCCUUUCCUCUACAUGAUUCUGUCCCCUCCAUCCACUGCCUCUCUAUGAAAUUGAAAAUCCAAUGGACUACACCACUGUGCCUGGAUUGCAGCCAAAUCCAACGCCAGCGCCCCUGUCUUCUUACCCACAAUCUGUAGCCACUUAUUUUCCUGCAUCCUGUCCUCCCCAUUAUCAAUUAUACCUUCAAAACCCUAAUCCUUCUUCUGUAGACCCUCAACCUCAAUCUUCUAUUGCGACUCAAGAAUUUCACUGUGGCACGGCCGCGGAAUCUGGGGUGAACCCUCCUGCUGUUCCUUCCUAUGCCCCCUUGGCCUCCAAUUUAGUUGGCCAUCUGACUCAUGAAGCCCAUGCUGAUUACUCGUAUGCUCACAACCCUAUUGCAGAUUCGAGUUCCGGAUACUAUUUUGACCCAAAUGUUCUGAAUUGGGCUGCUAGGGAGGCCGUUAGGCAGUUCGGGGCAGACCCGCUUGGCUAUGGAGCUGCUAUCCCCGUGGCUUCAACUGGAUCAGAGCAAUUAUCUACUGCAAAUACUAACUCCGCAUGGUGGGCCAACACAACAACUCAACCUCAUGGAAAUGGGGCAUGGAAGAAACGCCCAAAGAAACCAAAAACUAAGGUUGUCCAAUCUGCAUAUUGUGAAGUUUGCAAGAUAGAUUGUACCAGCAAGGAUGUUCUGGACCAGCAUAAGUUAGGAAAGAAGCACAAGAAGAACUUGGAGAAACUAAAAGAAGCAUUAAGGCCACCACAAGUUCCCGUUUCACCCGCAGCAUCAUCUAAUCCAGUGAUAGGACCUCAACCGGCAGCAUCUAAUCCAGUGAUAGUACCUCAAGCGGUGGGGGUGAAGAGCAAAUCUGGUGGUAAGGGUAAAAGGAAAGCGAUUGAAACACCAGAAGAUUUGGAGAAAAAGAAAAAGAAGGUUCUUGAAGGUGGGGCAGCCGCAGAAGCAGUUAAAAUCUGUACAAUAUGUAAUGUGGUCUGUAAUAGCGAGACGGUAUUUAAUUAUCAUCUUGCAGGGCAAAAGCAUGCUGCUAUGAUGAAGAAACAAGCUUCUUAACAUAAGUAAAAGCGAGCUGAUUACAAUUUUUUGAGUUA